AUGCUUGAUUUAUCAGUUCUUUGGUUUGCUUAUCAGCUUAUCUUACCGCGGGCCUCCGAGCUAGCGGACCCCAGGUCAACAAUCUUCUUGGAUCACCUUGCAACGACACCGAGCAAGGGAUAUGGAGAACUUCGGCGCCGAAUACUAUUGCGAAAGGACUCGAGCUUUUACUUAUGGAGAAGACAAACUUGGAGCCUUGGACUUGAACGUCACCGACUUGGGUUGAAGAAGGAAUUAUUGGACAAUUUCCCUGCGUUAAGCUCAAAAGUAAUCGGUGGUGAAGAUGUUUAA